GUCACAGGGCGGGAGGAUCGUUAGUCACGUGAGCGUUCUCGCGCUGUGUCGCUGAAGGGUGGCGAAUGGGCGCCAUUUUGGUGCUGUGGGGGGAUGCUGAUGUGUUGUUAUUAGAGGCUUGGGGUGCUGCUGUGUGAGCGGCCCCAGAGCUGUGGGGAUGGGAUUGGAAAGCCCUGGAGAGAGGAUGGGAAGGGGCCCUCGAUUGGGGAUGUAUAGGAGUAGUGGCAGCUGUGAGGAAAGGAGCCAGCUGUAGUGGAUGUGGGCACAGGGCCUGCUGGGCUGGGGCAUAGAGGAGGGUGCAGCGGGGCUGUGACUGGUUUGUACUGGCUUGUCCUGGGUACUGCAGGUCAGUACUGGGCGGAAUUGGCGUUCAGGCUCAUCUCCACAGCAGAAGAAGGAAAGGUAGCUGUGAAUGGCACUGUGUACAAAUGAAGAGUAGGGGAGGAAAGUUUCCCAGUGUUGCAUGGCUGAGAUUCAAGGACCAUGUUCAGUGCAGGCAGCUUCAGAAACACUCCCUAUAUCCUGGAUAACAUUUCCUGCCAGUGAGGUGAUUGUGCUGCUGUAUUUUGUCUUCUUUUAGGCAACAUCAGAGAACAUAUAUUGCACUUCUUAAGGUGUUUGUUUGUUUAUAUAUAUGUAUAUAUCAGGGACCAAUCUCUACUGGGGUAUAAAAACUAUGUUGGUCAUGACAGUAAAAAGAUGCCUGUAGUUAAAUGUAUUUUGGUAGCCACUGGUAUGUUUUUAAUUAUGUGGGUUCUUGGGAUAAUUCUGCUGGUGUAAAAGCAUCAGUUGGAUUAACAAAACAUCUCCAGAAGAACUCUUCAUGGUGACUAAUUUACAAAUAUCUGGAUCCUAUUUGACUGUGGUUCUUACUGGAGCCUGGCAAUAGCCUGUUUGACCUUUGGUAGAAGCCAGGUUGAUGGAGGGCACGGUCACAGCAGCUUCUGCUGCAGUGUUGGGUAGCAGGGAGAAGAGGACGUGGGUAACAGCACAAAAAGCCACCUAUACUGUCAGCUGGAGCCGAAGCGUAUGGGAGCAAUGCCGGGCUGGCCCGCCUGGUGGCAAACUGCUGUCACUGGCAGCACCUCUCUGCUGAGCAAGUUUGGAAACAACGAGCGCGCUCACUGGGAUUUCAGGCUGUAAUCUCAUCUCUCUGUGCUUUGAGGCUUUCAGGGGCCUGCUCAUCCCUCUACAAUAGCAGUGCUUCCUCCAUCAGAUACUGGCAGGGGCGCUGCCUUAACAAAUGCAGAGUUCGUGCUGCAGGGAUGGUGCCCGUGUCUCAGACUUCACAGAGUUUCUGGGGGGUUCUUCAUCUUCUCCCUGUAGUCCUGCGACUGCGGAAAUCAAUAUUCUGCCAUCUGUAAAUUCUUUGUUCCCCUUUUCACCAGGGCUUUAUCAGCUUUGGCUGUAAUUGUUUGAAUGUAAUGCCAUUCUCUGUAUUCAUCCAAGAAGAUGCAGCCUUUUCAAAAAUCUCACCUUCAGUCAAUGAAACGGAGGACCCCAUACCACAAGGCCUGAUUCUGUUAGCUUCCAUGUAUCCAAAGCUACAGUGACUCAGCUGACUUCGAUGAAUGCCCUCUGGAACUGUGCUAGCUGGAAACCAGCCUCACUCCUACCACCAUGGAACUUUUUUUAUGCUGUGACAUUGUAAUGGGAGGUGGAGACACCUCGAGGAGAAGGUCGAAACAGACACAGCAAUUGCAGGCAGUAAUGUCUGUCUAUGACUGGAGAAAAUCCUGCCUCAAUUAUAGAAACGUCAGGAAGACUAUCCAUCUUUCAAAUCUGUUUUGAUACGUUUUCACUUCGUGAUGCAGAGUACGGUCGCUCUCAGGAGGUUGCAGAAAAAGGACAUAAAACCAUAAUAAGUUUUCAGAGAGAUUACAAAGACUGUGAACCUUAAUCUCAUGUAUGUUUGCAAAUCAUUACCAUGGUGCUGGAAUAGCAUGUGCAGGAGUAGAAACUGAUUCACCAGGCAUGGAAUGUCACAGUGCUCAAGCCAUUGGAUGCUGCAGCUCCCUCCACCAGGCUGGGUCUUGAGCAGCGUGCUGGGAUCCAGAACUGGGUUACAAGCUGGAUGGAAACUCAAUUGCAGAAAAAGAGCCACAGAUACAGAAACUAAGAUUUCAGCAAGUGAUAUACUGAGAGGAGAACAGGAAUCAAAUCUUGUAAAAGGAUGUUCUUGUAAAUACUUGUCCUGUGUCUUCACUGAAGGUGCCAUGUCCCCUUCAUCCUCUCGACUCAGAGAAAAAAAAGUUGGAAAUUGAGGAUACGGAACAUCACCCUGCAAUACAAACAAGUCUCAAACCCUGGUUGAGAGAAGACAGAUGACAGAAGAUUUGGGACAGUAGCCUGUGGUGCUCCUAGAGAUAGAUCCAACUGCCUGUAGCCAGUAUGAUAGAGUGCCGAUGCAGAAGAAGUCUUACCUGCUGCACUGGCAGAAUUUCAGGAUGAUGAACCCCUCCUUUCUCCAGACCUGUGCAGGAAUCUGCCACUGCAAAAUGUUCAUCGGGGGACUGAGCUGGCAGACCACGCAAGAGGGCCUGCGGGAGUACUUCAGCCAGUUCGGCGAGGUGAAAGAGUGCCUGGUGAUGCGGGACCCGCUGACAAAGAGAUCCAGGGGCUUCGGGUUCGUCACGUUCAUGGACCAGGCUGGCGUCGACAAGGUUCUGGCCCAAUCCAGACAUGAACUGGACUCCAAGACGAUUGACCCGAAGGUAGCGUUCCCCCGCCGAGCACAGCCCAAGAUGGUGACCCGAACGAAGAAGAUAUUUGUGGGUGGUCUGUCAGUGAACACUACUGUGGAGGAUGUGAAACAGUAUUUCGAGCAGUUUGGGAAGGUGGAUGAUGCGAUGCUGAUGUUUGACAAGACAACCAACCGACACCGAGGGUUUGGAUUUGUCACAUUUGAAAGUGAAGACAUUGUGGAAAAAGUAUGUGAAAUCCACUUCCAUGAGAUUAACAACAAAAUGGUGGAGUGCAAAAAAGCCCAGCCCAAGGAGGUGAUGUCCCCAACAGGCUCAGCACGAGGGCGGUCCCGAGUCAUGCCUUACGGGAUGGAUGCCUUCAUGCUCGGGAUCGGCAUGCUGGGUUAUCCAGGCUUCCAAGCUGCCACCUACGCGAGUCGAAGUUACACUGGCAUUGCACCUGGUUACACUUACCAGUUCCCUGAGUUCCGUGUAGAGCGGACCCCUCUCCCGAGUGCCCCCGUCCUCCCUGAGCUCACAGCAAUCCCCCUCACUGCGUAUGGACCAAUGGCAGCAGCAGCAGCUGCGGCAGCUGUGGUGCGAGGGACAGUUUUGCUGCCUCCUGUAGGUUCCACCCCCAGUCGCACCGGUGGAUUUCUGGGCACCACCAGCCCUGGGCCGAUGGCAGAGCUUUAUGGAGCCGCCAACCAGGACUCAGGGGUUAGCAGUUACAUCAGCGCUGCCAGUCCAGCCCCAAGCACUGGCUUUGGCCACAGCCUAGGGGGUCCCUUGAUUGCAACAGCUUUUACCAAUGGGUAUCACUGAAGCUGGGGACCAAGGAGGCAGGAGAUUCCCCAGUGACCUAACCGAGGACAGCGGCUGGAGGGUCUGGUGAGCCUCGGGGGAUGAGCCAUGGUUCCCUUCUUCUCGAAUCAAACUGCACACCUGCCGGCUGGCUGCCAGGCUCCUGCCGCCCUGCCCUGAUCUCUCCCUUUGACCAGACCACACUGGACUGAACCCGAGGAGAUCAUCUCGCUUUCUUACUAACCGCCGACGGUUUACGCUUCCCCCUUCCCUGCCCCCAGCCCACCGGUUCUUCUUUUAUUUAUUUUAUUAGCUGUUAGUUUUAUUUUUUUAUUUUAUUUUUUUAUCUUUUUUUGGGGGGCUCCCCCUUCUUUUUGUUGUUUGCUCUUUCCCGAGCUAGUAGACAUAUUUUAUGAAUUGGCUUUGUGAUUGUGUUAGGUAGUUUUUAUUGAGGAGUAUUUUUAUUUGGCUUUGAAACUGUUUUGAAUAUUUUCAACUCUGUUGUUGUUGUCGUCAGUGUUUUUAAAGCACGGUAUGUAACGAGAAUGCAGUUCUGAAGGAAAGAAAGAGAUGCAGAGAGAGCAAAGGCUGAGAGGAACUGAUGUAUUUCUAUUUUUUUUAAAGAAACUGUUUUUAAUUGUUUCUGUUUUGUAAAUGUGAGGCUUUGAAAAGUGUGAAACUCCAAGGAUCCGAAAACGUUGGACAUCGCUAUGGAACAAAACAAAUGUAUAUUUUGCUAAGUGAAAAACACUAUCUUACAGCUGAAAGAAUUUUUGUUUUCCUAGGUUUAGUUUUACGUGGGAUUUUCUUUUUCCUCCUGUAUAAUAUGUAAAUAUCGCGAGCUGAACCUGGCUGCCAUGCGCAGCCUGGCUCCGAGGAGCAGCUCCAGGUCCUGGACUUGGUGCCGCAGUGUGAGCAAUACUCUCCAGCAGAAUCCUGACAGGACUCCGUUCUUUUUUUGUACACCUUUUACUGUAAGAUUUUAAGACCUCUGAUGAGAUGAAAGGGGGGGUGGGGGUGGGGUGAAACGUACCGGCCAUUGGCUGAGUUGCUGAGCGGGUUAAAGCUGCUUCCAAUCACUCGAUGUACAGACUCCAUCACUGGGCUCCGUAGUGCCAGUGUCUGGUUUGGCUUUAGGUAAAGGGCUUCACCGCCACUGUUUGUCUUGGUUACUUUGAAAGGAAUCCACUCUCCAAACGCUAUCGCUUGCGUCAAGAUUGCCUGGGAAAGGGAUCCUCCUCCGGAGGCGAGGGUAUUGGAAGGGGAGUCAGCCAGGGCCGGGGGGAGGUGGGGAUGGUUGUUCUGUAAGGGCAGGGUGCUGGGCUGGGGAGUUGUUAAUGGGGAGAAAAGCAUUAGGGUGGUGAUUUGGGGGCGGGUUAAGGGCUUCUCAGGGAUUAUAUGAAAUAUAGAAUCGCAGCUUCCCAUUUGCUUUACUCUGUGUUCUGAAGACUGUGGGAAUUUGUCCGUUGUGCUGUGCGGAGGUGAUCUGGUCCCUUCUCCAGAACCUGCAGGGACUUCCCCUGGCACGAUCCAGGCCCCAGCUGGGGAGCACUGUGCCAGGGGAAGCCUCCAGCAGGAGCACACGGGGCAGGUUUGGGUCUGGAUUUCAGUGAACCAAAGACCUUGUUAAGGGGGGUGAUUGAGCCUUUCAUUAAGAUGCAGCCAAACUCUUUUCCCAGGGAAAUAAAAGCUUCAUCUUAAGUUUUAAAAAUCAUUCCCUCUCUUCCCCCAAACUGAGCCCUUGUAAGGGAGAGGGGCAACUGAAAAAGGACUGAGAGGGCCAUCGUGCCCACAGGGCUCUUCUCUUCCAUCCCUCCCCCUGUGUGCCAGAGCUUUUCCUGACCUGGGUGAUACGUUUGGAGAGUUCUGUUUAGGUAAGAGGGUACUUAACAGAUUAGUACUGAAAACACAAAGCAAUAAUUUUUGUUACUGAGACAAGAGUCUGUAUGUCUGUUUUUUUAAAUAUUUCCUAAUGAAAGAAGAGCUGCAUUUUAUUGGGUUUAUUUUUAUUCUAUAUACUUCAAAUUUGGGUCUGCGGACAGCGCUUUCCUCCCUCUUGGUAUAUGCGCUGAACUGCUUCUGUGCCCCCUCCAGACAUCCCAGGCCAGCUGUGCUGCCGCUGGGCUGUGAGUCACUCGCUGGCCAGUGCCGCCACUGCCUGCAGGCUGGGGCUCCGCUUUCAGGGUGGGCAUUUUUUUAAAAGAAAUAAAGCUGUGUUUUUAAGCCAGUAAGUUAUUACACUCCAAUGUUUGUUCUCUCCACACCUGUAACCCUUUUUUUCCAGAUUUCAGUUUUAAAUUCCUAAUAAAUUAUUUGAAAACUG